AUGUCUGGCUCAAAUACCGUGUAUCGGGCAAGUACCACUGCUCCAGUCAAUAUUGCUGUGAUCAAAUACUGGGGAAAGCGUGAUACGGUCCUGAAUCUCCCGACGAAUUCGUCCCUGUCGGUGACAUUAUCUCAGAAGUCACUACGAACCCACACCACCGCAUCAUGUUCCGAAUCCUUCUCGGGGCCAGACACUCUGAUACUCAAUGGGGAGAAGGAGGAUAUUCAGUCUUCGAAGAGAACGCAAGCGUGCCUGAGAGACCUUCGUUCGCUACGUGAGGCAUUGGAAGCUAAGGACGGUUCUCUACCCAAGCUGUCGAAAUGGACCUUGCGACUGGUGUCGACAAACAAUUUCCCUACCGCGGCCGGUCUUGCUUCUUCGGCUGCGGGGUUCGCCGCUCUCGUAAGAGCAAUCGCUGACCUCUACGAGUUACCUCAAUCGCCGAAAGAGCUCUCGUUGAUUGCUCGGCAAGGCUCUGGAUCAGCUUGCAGAAGUCUGAUGGGCGGCUAUGUGGCAUGGCGAGCUGGUACGAAGGCGGAUGGAAGUGACAGCUUGGCUGAAGAGGUGGCACCAGUAUCACAUUGGCCGGAAAUGCGAGCACUGAUACUUGUCGUCAGUGCUGAGAAGAAGGGUAUCGCAUCAACCGCAGGUAUGCAGACCACGGUCGAGACAUCCACCCUAGCACCCACGAGAUUCAAGGAGAUUGUCCCCAAAAGGAUGCAGGAAAUAGAGAAGGCCAUCGCGGAGAAAGAUUUCGAGACGUUUGCACGGGUUACGAUGCAGGAUUCGAAUUCGUUUCACGCCAUCUGUUUGGAUUCAUGGCCCCCCAUUCACUACCUGAACGAUGUUUCCCGCGCAGCGAUGAAUGCCGUGGAGACGGCAAAUCGGAAAGCAGGGAAGCUCAUCUGCGCAUACACAUUCGACGCAGGGCCGAAUGCAGUGAUUUACUACCUGGAAGAACAUACACACCAAGUUGCAGGAGUGUUCAGAAACAUUUUACCUCGCGUCGCAGGCUGGGAAGGCGGGUUCGGGGAGUCUAUUCGACCGAACGAAUAUGGAGGGUUGGAACAGAAGACGCUGAUGACGCUGAAGGCGGGUGUCAAUCGGGUCAUUUGCACAGCGGUGGGAGGAGGGCCAGAGAGGGUGGAGGGCCAUCUGGUCGACGAAGGAGGGAAUGCUCUGGUGGAAUGA